UCUCUCGCGAGACGCCGUAGUUCCGACAGCGCCGAUCGUGGUUCAAAUGAUUGCUGUGUAAAUAGCCAAACGUUGCAUUUUGUUGUCUCAGAAAGCGGGUAAAUCACGACAAUGUCGAUUCAAGCCUCAAACCCCAACAACCCGGUUGUGUUCUUCGACAUUACCAUUGGAGGGCAGGAUGUUGGACGGAUGAAGUUUGAGCUGUUUGCUGAUGUGGUUCCAAAGACAGCUGAGAACUUCCGGCAGUUCUGUACUGGAGAGUUCAGGAAAGAUGGCGUUCCUAUUGGCUACAAAGGUUGCACAUUCCACAGGGUGAUCAAAGACUUCAUGAUACAGGGAGGAGACUUUGUAAAUGGUGAUGGAACAGGUAUCUGCAGCAUCUAUAGAGGUCCAUUUGCAGAUGAAAACUUCAGAAUAAAGCAUUCUGCUGCCGGUCUUCUUUCAAUGGCAAACAGUGGUCCAGGAACAAAUGGAUGUCAGUUUUUCAUUACCUGCACUAAAUGUGACUGGCUAGAUGGGAAACAUGUUGUGUUUGGAAAACUGGUUGAUGGCUUGCUGGUCAUGAGAAAAAUUGAGAAUGUCCCAACAGGGCCCAACAACAAGCCUAAACUCCCCAUCAUCAUUGCACAGUGUGGAGAGAUGUGAGCCGACACGUGCUAAACACCAUGCCAACAUUACACGGCCUCUGUAUACUUUUAAUGUCUUAAUUGUGACUUGUUACUCUUCAGAAAACAUUAACACACUGAUUCCUACAAUGA